AUGUCCAGUUUUUUCGGCGUUCCUACCUCUGCGCCGUCGUCUAAACCGACGAGCUCUGCGACGGCUGCAGGCGGCCAGCAAUCUCUCUUCCCCAGUUCAUCGUCCCUCCUUCCUACGGGUGGCGAGGAGAAAGCGAAACUCUCCACGCCUUCCCUCUUUGCUUCCUCGGCCUCCCUGUCCUCCUCUCUGGGCUCUUCUUCUCUCUUUCCUCCCUCCACUCAACCCUCUUCCUCCUCCGCAUCACUCACUGCGCCUUCCCUCUUAGGCUCGUCCUCUUCUUCCUCUUCUCUUUCUGGAGUAGGUCUGUCUUCUUCCCCCAUGUUUGCACAGUUGUCGGGUGCGACUCCACUGCAACUCAACGACACGUCUUUAGGACGCGACCAGAGUUCUUUGUUUCCGGCCGCGCCCUCUUCUUCCACUCCGUCGCCUUUCUCAGCGCCACUCUUUCCUUCUGGCUCUGAGUCGGCAGGCGCGGCGUGUGCUGUGCGCGCCUCCCCCCUCGGAGGCGCCCCGAAGGUUGCCGCCAGUGAGGAGACUGGAGACUGCAGGGACAGGGUGCGGUCGAGCUGCACGGGUUCUCCCCUUCCACUUUCUUCUCUCUUCUGGAUAACUGACAAAGCUGCUUCGCCCUUCUUGGAGCGUGUCCAGCACUUCGAGGCGAGUGACGGGGACGCGGGCCGCGAGGACAGAGACAGGCGGAGUGAAGGCCAAAGUGCGUGUGUCGCCUCCCGCUCGUUUUCCUCAGUCUUCCCCAGCUCGGCGCUCACCCACGCCCACAUCCGAGAAAAGAUUUCCACGAUCUCGCACGCCGCGCGCGCAGAUAGCCACCGGCGACAACUUCAUCAGCGAAGCGCGCGGCCUGCGUCCGGUUCUGUCCCGGCUGCCUCGCCCCUCCCGUCCACGGAGACGUCCCCCUCAACCCCUCCCGGAGACCUGCUUCCUGUCCAACUCAGCUGCAGCUGUGCCGGCGGGGAGUCUUCGAGAGGCUCCGGAACCGCGGGAGGGCCGUAUUCGUUCUCCAUUGUGCGUCAGUGGAGCUCGUCGUUUCCUGCACGCGGAGCACCCAGCAGCGUCGUGGCGAUUCGAGUGUCUCCGCAGCCUGCGGCCGAGAACGGUUUCGAACUUUGCGGCGGUUCCAGAGAAACCCCCGCCGCUGGCGAGACGGCGCAGGCGUACACUACGUUGGUAAGCGUGCUGGGAUACGACGUCGAAACGCAAGGUCCGUUCUCGUUCGUCUGCUGCAACGCCUCGGGCUCUGCCAUCGCCCUUCUCUCACGGUCUGCCUGCUGCGUCGCCGCACUCGCUGGGCCCGAGUCGAGGGAUGGGGCCAGGGGACCGGUCUGUGGAGACGGCGGAGAGAGGGAGAGCUCGGAGGCCUCGUCGCGUCGACCUGUCCUUCGCUGGCUGCGAGACGAAGACUGGGACGAAGAGGAAGAGACAGACGGCGAGACAGUGGUACGCGUCCGCGGACUUCUUCUCCUCGACGAGUUGCAGCGAAACCUCGAACUCCCCACGCCCGGCACUUCUUCCGGCGCGUGUCCCCCUCCGACAGGGCCUCCGCCCCGCCGGGACAUGGUCAAGUGUCUGUUCCACCCUUUCGCGGAGACGGCCUUGGUCCUCCUCUCCCACGAGGCGCCGACUCCCCGCAGAGAAGGCUCUCUGUCGACUGCGGGUUGCGACGAAGGUGCCGACGCUGAGCAGGCGGUCCUGCGGCUGUUCGACGUGGCCGUGAGCACAGAACAUCCGGAAACGGAGAUCUUCAUUCCUUCCUGCCUGCCUCGAGACCCCAGGCAGACUUCCUCUGACCAGCCUCCCGCCUCGCAGUCAGCGUGGGGCGCGGAGAGAAGGCGCACUCUGCCAGUGGACUUUGCGUUGGGCUGCUCGUCGGAGGCUCUGGACCUCUGGCCGGCGCUCUCUGUCUUCCUGUCGCCUGCGUCUGUGGCGGUGGAAGGCGAGGAAGACGCGCCUGCGUGUCUCUGUUUCUGUCCGUUCCUGCCCAGCCGCGUCCCCGCCCUUCCUGCGCCGCUCGCUCUCGCUCUCCGGGAGGCGACGACGCAGGCGCGGCUGCUCGAAGAAGCAGUCGAAGCGGAGCAGGAUGCGGGAGAACGAUGGGACAGCCACGACGCGUGUCUCCUGGAUCCCCAGACGCGCCUGUGGCUGAUUCAGCGAGACGAGCGGAGCGUCGGUGAAAGCUUGGAUGCAGUGCCGUCGGAGGCUCCGAUACGCGGGCCUCAGGAGAGACAGUUCGGCCCAGAGGACGCCGCCAGGCGACGCGUGCCUGCCGCGCAAUGGCUCACGUUGAGAGGCGACCUUCGGAGGACCGAGAAGGACGAUGAAAAGAGAGACGCCCCGGAAAAGGAGGGCCCGCAGGAUGUGCGCGCGGCGGAGCAGCCAGUCCGAGACUGCGUCGUGACAGCUGGAAAAGGCGGCGCGGAAGAGGACGCGGAUGGAGCUGCGAAGAACGACCGUCUUCUUUGCGGAGUGCAACUCUUCGCCACGAAUCCGUUGACGAUGCUCCUCACAGCUACGGAGGCAGGAGACCUCCUUGUGUGGGCGUCGGCAGACGAGAUCACGCCUUGCAUGCGGACGGUGUGUGGAGAACAAAGCGAAUUGCAGGGCACGGAAGGUCAGACUGGAAACCAUGGCGCGGGCGGCGCACCAGGCGCGAAACAUCUCCAGUUCUUCCUUCUUCAAAAAUCUCACUUUUGCGACGCUGCCGCAGACGCCAGAGACCCUCUUUCUUCGCCCUCGGCUUCUCGCUGUCCAGAGGGCGUGUGCGGGUCAAAGGCUCACAGCUGCGUCGCCGGGCGACUGGGGCUGCUUCCCUUGCCUCCUUCGCUGACCGUGUCGGCAGUGCCGGCGGCCUUCGUCUACGACGCGUGUCGCGUGUGUCUCCUCCAGUGUCAUUUCCUCUCGGCUUCCAGGGAGGCCUCCGCUGCAGCGGCGCCAGGAGACGCCUGGGGGCCUAUCGGAGACGUGAGCCGACCGUGGGUGUCGUUGUGUGGGGUGCUCGCCGUGAAGAACGCGGGAGGAGCCGAGACGCAGGACGAGGGAGCGUGUGCGAAUGCAGCUGCUCAAGGACCGCUCCUUUGUUCCCUGGCCCUGCAGACGCUGAAGCACGCAAGCGACUCCCACAGAGAAGCAGCCUCGGCCGGGGCCUUUCCGGCUCUCGCCCUCGUGGGCUCUUGUCUGUCUUCUUCUCUCUUUCUGUUUUCUCUGGACGUGAGUCCUCUGCUCUUUGGGCGAGCGGCCGCUGGCAUCGGCGCAGGCAGACCAGAAGGCGUAGGCGCCCGCGCUGGCGCGUCCGUGGCUCUGCCGAAGCAAGCGGGGACGAAGGAUCUGCAGGCGCAUGCAGCGGAGAUGCUCAGGCGCCACCAAGCACAGGUGGAGCAAGUGCGAGAGAAAAUCCGAGCGGCCGCUUCCGCGGCGCAAAAAGCCUCGGCAAGCGGCGCGACGAAAGACAUGCGGCACGCGACUGCAGCCGCAGCCGAGUUCGCCAGCUCUCUGGUGACCACGCUCCAAUUCGCAGAUGCGAAUCUGCUCCAGUCUCUGAGGCAAGGGGAACGUCGCCUGCGGUCUUCGACGACGGCGAACCUGGCGCGGUGUGCAAACGCGUUGGAGACGCAAGUGAAGGAAAUGUGGGAGACGCACGAGCGACAGACGCGCCGCCAGAAGGAGGAUGAGAAGCGCCUCGAACAAGUGCAAACGAACAUGGCCCUCUUGGAGAGUCUCUGCGUAGAAGCGGGGAGACAACUUCGACAAAAGGAUGAAUCGCUGCGGCUUCAAGAGCUUGAAGAGGCCUGGGCAAAGCUGGAGACAGACGUCGCCAAGCUUCCGCAUAUUAUUCUUGAGCGCUGCCGGCUCAAUGGAACCCAACGCGGUCUCGCGGCCGAAGAAGACGUGGAGAGGAGCGGAGAGGAAGGCGUCGUUUUCGGGGGCGCCGGCUUCCAUGCCGCAGGAAAGGGAGGGAGGAUCGGAGAACCGAAAGGUUUUUUUGGCGGUGAAGGAGAGAGUGAGAUGGAGAUCGAAGAGCGAAAAGUUGCAGCGAAGCUGCUAGGAGUCAUCGAAGCCGGUGGGAGUCAGCUGUCUCUGCUUCACGAACGCCAAGCAGCGUUGGAGUCGCUCAUGCAGAAGGUGUCUCUGUAG